GUCUCUGACCAGGUUGCUGUCACGGGCGCCAUGGUCGGCAACGGCAGAGGCGUGGCAUCAAGCAACAUGCUGAACGAUCUCAUGACACCUUUGACGUUGAGGAAAAUGGCUUUGGAGCUGGGUUUCGAGACUCGCAACCACAUCCGGCCGAGCCUCCCGUCUCUGCCAGUUUCGAUGGUCAGGGCCACAGGCCAGGUUAAAGAAGUCCGAGAUCUGUUGGAAGCACGCUCACAGCAGAUUGAGGCCACCAGGCCAAAAGCCAGAGCUCCCGCCGCCAUCAAAACGAAGGCCAUGCCGGCAGGUGGGCGGGUUAAGGCAUGGAGGUUCAGCGAUUCGGGUGAGACGGGGACGGAAUUUGGCUUCACCACUGACGACUCCUACGAUAUUGUGAGCAUGGUUGGCGGCAAAGGCCUCACAGACUUUGAGUCCGAUGCUCCCAAGCGUGCAACACUCCCAGGAGCUGCUUCGGCCAGUGGCGUUGCGCCAGGUUCCCGACCCCAGUCUUCGGCAUCUGAUGGCACUGAAGAUCCGGACGCCGGUGCUCUGCCAGCCUCUUUGCCAGUGUCGUCCGAGGCAGAGGACGACGCGUAUUACAUGGUGGACAAAAGCCAACAGUCUGCGAGUACGAAGAUGUGGCAGGAUCGCAACCCGGAAAGCCCAGUUGCCUCGCCAAGGUGGACCUCCGAAGACUUCGUUCGGCUGCAAGGGGUAGUGAAAGACCUUGGAGACUUGAAUCGUCAGCUCAUGGCUUUCACCGCCAGCCCGGACGAGCUUGACGAGGAAGUCGAAGUUGAGGUCGAGGUUGAGGACGAGCCGGUGGAGGAGCAGAAUGUGAAGAUCGAGGAGGAGGCGGCUGACUAUGGUGGCGAUACGGAUAUGGAGCAGCAAGAGUCAGACCAAGCCGGCAAAGGAGAAGCUGAGGCUAUGGAGGAAGAGCACCCACCUACAAGCCCGGUGCCUUCUGAAGGCGAGGAAGAGACCAAGCCCGAGCCAGCUGCGGAUGAUAAGUCCAUGGCAGCGGCCUCUGGCCAGGUGUUCGUCGACCCCAACAUGACAGCCGCCGCUGCCGUCGAAAAUCUGGUUCAGGCUGUCAACCGACUACAGAAGGCUGGCGAGAAGGACGAGGGCCAGGAUCCGGAGUCAGCUGAGACGUUAGCCAGGCUGUUUGAGUUGUUGGAGACACAAAAGGUCCAGCAACAGACGCUACUGACGCGACUCACAAAGGUCACGAACCAGGCUGAGGCAGACCAGCGCAAGAAGGAAGUUUUCGAGGUCAUGUACAACCGUGACUUUUCGAGGCUGAGGCACCUCCUGUGCAACGAGCUGCCGGUCUCAGAGCUGGCUACCCUGCGCGAUCACCAAGGCAUGAGCCUUGCUCAUCAUUUGGUCGAAAGCCCCUUCAUUGGCGGAUGUGGCAACACUUCCAUCCGGUAUGCCGCCCAAUUGGCUCAAGGUGCCUACGCUGUUAUGGUGACCACUGUGCUGUGCUGCAAUGCUCCUGGCAAUGGCGUGGUCUGA